CGGAUCGGUUUCCCUCACUGUUCGCCCUGCCUUCAUAAUGGCUGUUUGUUUUGCUUUGAGCUCUGCAGAAAGGCUCGGAUUGGGUUUUCUGAGACCCACAGCAGCGACCACAGGCUUCAGGAGAGCAACAGGAAAUGCUGCGGCUGCUUCUGUCAGUGUCCAGGACGGCCACAGAAAGCUGAAGACUGAGGCUGACCUUCCAGAGAUCAAAAUCUUUACCAUGUUGUACAGACUGCUUUUUAAAGGCUACUUGAGUCGCAUGCAUGAGCUACAGUUAUAUGAAAAACAGCUUUAUGGCCCCUUGUACAAAAUCAAUGCUGGAAACUUCCAAUCCGUUGCAUUAAACAGUGUGGACUUACUGGAGGAACUCCUUCGAAAAGAUGAGAAGUUUCCUUCCAGGGGAGACAUGACUCUGUGGACAGAAUAUCGGGACAUGAAAGGCAUCGGCUAUGGCCCUUUCACAGAAGAAGGAGAGAAAUGGUACAAACUGCGAGCGGUGCUGAACAAACGCAUGCUGCAUCCAAAGGACUCAGUUCAGUAUGCAGAUGUGGUGAAUGCAGUGAUCACGGACUUCAUCAAACGCAUUUACUAUCUGCGGGAGAUGAGUCCUACAGGGGAUCUGGUCUCUAAUCUGACCAAUGAGCUUUACCGGUUCUCCCUUGAAGGAAUCUCCUCCAUUCUGUUUGAGACACGCAUUGGCUGCCUGGAGAAAGAGAUUCCUGCUGAAACGCAACAUUUCAUUAAUUCUAUUGCACAAAUGCUCACCUACAGCAUGCCCGUAGUGUUCAUGCCCAACUGGACCCGCAAUUACUUGCCAUUCUGGCAGAGGUACAUUGGUGGCUGGGAUGGCAUAUUCAAGUUCGCUGGAAAAAUGAUUGACAUGAAGAUGGAGGCCCUUCAGAAGCGUGUAGAUGCGAAUCAGGAGGUUGCUGGGGAGUAUCUCACAUACCUGCUUUCUAAUGGCAAGAUGAGCAGCAAAGACGUUUAUGGAAGUGUAUCUGAGCUGCUGUUGGCUGGAGUCGACACAACCUCCAACACCAUGUUGUUUGCACUGUAUCACCUCUCAAAAGACCCAGAAACUCAAGACAUUUUGUAUCAGGAGGUAGCCAAAGUCUUAAACGAUGACAGAAUCCCAACAGCACAAGAAGUGAAUGGCAUGUCCUACCUCAAAGCUGUCAUCAAGGAAACAUUAAGGUUGUAUCCUGUGGUGCCCAUGAAUGCUCGGCUUAUUGCAGAAAAUGAAGUUGUUAUUGGUGGACACCUAUUCCCUAAAAACACAACAUUCACUCUGUGCCACUAUGCAAUCAGCCGUGAUGAGAAAGUCUUCCCAGAACCACAGAAGUUCAAACCUGAGCGCUGGCUGCGAGACGGCAGAACCAGACCAAACCCAUUUGGGUCAAUCCCAUUUGGAUUUGGAGUCAGAGGCUGUGUCGGUCGUCGUAUUGCUGAAUUGGAAAUGUAUCUGGCUUUGGCUAGGCUAAUCAAGUUGUUUGAAAUUAGACCAGACCCGACUGUAGGUGAGGUGAGGUCACUGAAUCGUACAGUGCUUGCUCCAGACAGAAAAGUUAAUCUGCAUUUUGUUGAAAGAAAGAAGACUGAAGCAUAGCUAAAGAAGACAUCAUGUUUCAACAAGCUGCAUGUACAUUUGAAAAGCAAUCUGCUGAAGUGAAUUAUGUGAAUGUCACGUAAUAUUCACUCUUACAAAAAUUAUCCUUGGUUUUAUUUUACAUUGUAAAACCCAACAGUCACCUGUAUCAAAUGAGUGUAGUUAACUCAACACUGACUGAAAGUUAAUUCUACUCAUUUGAAAGUUUUUAACGUAUUGUUGAAGGUAAUGAGUUAUUUAAAUAUCUCAUUACUUCAACUUAAAUGAAGUAAGUUCACAGUACUCAUAUAGAUUAGUUUUUAACUCAAAUGUUUUGUAGCAAUCGAUUUCCUCAAACAGUUUGAGUUGCCUUAUUGGGUUUUACAGUACUCAAUUGAUUUGAGUUCUCUUCAUUUAUUGGGUUUAACUGUGCUUAAAUUGCUUCAUUUUCUUAAAUGGAUUAAGUUCACAGUACUCAUUAGGAUUAGUUUUUGAACAGUGUACACUGUGGAAAGUGAUUAUUUACUUAAAGCCAAUUGCCAGUUGCCUUAAAAGCAACAAGUUGAAUUUACAAAA